AUGAUCAACCCCACCCCAGGCAACCUCCUAUUCCUGCUAGGCACCAGCCAUGCAGACAUAGUCUCCAAGACCCGCAAAGCACUAGAAAAAGUAAAACCUGCUAAUCUAACAGACAAAGAUGAUGUCAAGGUGAUAACCCAACUCAAGAACGGAGGACUAACCAUUGAAUUAACUACAAAAACUCUAUCCGACUGGCUGCAAUCUCCAGAAGGCAGGACAGCACUAAUGAACGAACUUAGUAUCCCAGCCAACCUUCGUGAGCCUACCCUAGGCCUCAUUAUCCAAUACCUCCCAACCAACCUCCCUAUUGACUGCCAAGACUUCUUAGACCUAGUUGCCAAGGAAAAUCACCUGAAAAGGGAACACCUCUCAACCAUUCACUGGAUUAAACCCCCACACUGA